GCGCUUGGCGCCUCCCCUGCUUCCAGAUCGGGCGUCGAUCUGUCGAAGAUCCUCACCGGUGGAGGAUCGACCAGAUCGAGGAAUCGAAGAUGAAGUCGGAGGUGGAGGAGGAGGGCCAGGUGGCCGACGGCUCGGUGGUGGAGGAGGUGCAGCCGGUGGUGCGCGGCUUCGUCAAGGACUGGGACGCCAUGGAGGACCUGCUUAGCUAUGUCCGCUGCAGGAACAUUGGGGUGGGAGAUGGGGGACGAGGGCCAGAUCCUCUUCACCGAGCCGCUCUUCAUGCCCAAGCGGAGGAGCAAGCUGGUUGGGUGUGUCCAAGUUGUGCGUGUGGCGUGGGCAUGAAGCCGGUUGGGUGUGUCUACGUAUCGGCAGCCUCGGAUAAGUUGGAGGCGAGAUGGAGCCGAAAGAAGACCUCCUUCCUUGGUGGAGCAGCGACGGUGAUGGAGAUGCGGAGGCCUCCAUUGAGCUCGAGUGCGUUGCCUCCGUCGAGCUCCUGCAUGUGGUUGCAGAUGGAGGUGCAUCGUCUCCGUCGAGCUCGUGCCUAAAAUCACACGUUUUGUUGAAAGUUGUAUGCACUUGUAUUUUGUCGAGCUCGUGCCUGAAAUCACACGUUUUUUGAGAGCUGUAUGCACUUGUAUUUUGCUGCAGGUGUGUUUGUAAAUACAUAGCUGUUGAAUAUGUAUAGUGUAUUAUAUGAUGAGGAACCCUGCCGUUCGGGCAGGGUGUUUUUUUUUA